AUGUCUGACAUAGAGUUGCCUCUGGAAAACACCUUUUCUGACCACCCCAGGGCAAGCACAAUUUUUUUUAACAAAUCUGCAGUAGAGGUGCAAGAAAAGAGGAACAACUACUUAAUCCAUGAAGCUCCAGGGUGCCUUACUAAAAAGUACAGCUCCUGCUCAACAAUAUUUCUAGAUGACAGCACAGUCAGCCAGCCUAAUUUUGGAACCACAGUCAAAUGUGUGACCUUGGCCAUAUAUGACCACAUAAAGAACAGAGCUGGAAAUAGGUCCUUGGAUGUUUUUGAUGAGAGAUCACACUCACUCAUACGAGAAAUGGCUCCAGAGGAAUAUUUUGAGCAAGACCCUGAACCCACGUGUGUCUAUAGGUUUGCCCGCCCUCUUUUCAGGGCCAUGCAGAUGACAGCCAACUCUGCAAUAGUGACGUUGAUUUACAUAGAAAGGCUUUUGAUGUAUGCCGAGAUCGACAUCUGCCCCACUAAUUGGAAAAAAAUUGUUCUGGGAGCUGUUCUUCUUGCCUCGGAGUUUUGGGAAGAUAGGGAUGUGUGGAUUGUGAACUACUGCCAGCCCAUCAAGGACAUCAUUACAGUUGAGGACAUGAAUGAGAUGGAAAGAGAGUUUUUUCGUCUAAUUCAGCAUCAUAUUAGUGUUUCUGCGGGUGUGUUUGCCAAAUGCUAUUUUAAACUGCGCUGCGUGGCCUCUGACAACCACCUGCCUCUUGUAUCCACCCCUCUUCACAGAGAAAGAGCACAGAACCUCAAGGCCAUUUCCAGAUUUUGUGAAGACAAAGACCUAUGCAGAGCUACUAUAAAAAGAUCUCUCAGUGAAGACAACUUCAUUGGCAUUCGAGGCUCUAAAACCAUCCUUUCUUAAAAGAGAAAUGGGAGGCCAUAACAUCGUGAGCCCUCCUCAUCCACAGGAACUGGAGAAAUAUCACCUCUCCUGCUCAAAACCCAGCAGCUAGUACUUCCUCCCUUAGGGAGGAAUGAGGGGUUGUAACAUCAUGAGCUCUUCAUUCACAAUAACUGGAGAAAUAUCACCUCUCCUGCUCGACAGCAGUGAUAACAG